AUGGGGAGAAGCAUUCCUUCUGUGGAACCCGCCAGAGGGCUCUCCCACCACCACCGCCACCUUCUGUGGCUCGCUCUUCUCGCGGCCUCCCUCGCCGCCACCGUCGCCGUCGUGGGCCUUCUCUGCGGCUCGCGCCACCACAGAUCGUCGCCUUCGUCGCCGCCGAGAGGGCGGCGGAAGCCGCAGGCGCAGGCGGCGUCGCCAUCACAGCAAAGCCGAGAGCCCAUCGUCGGCGACGGCGACGGACCGCCGCCGACGAAGCCGGGAUCGCGGAGGGGGCUCUCGCUCUCGAUGAACCUCAGCAUGAAGCUCCCUGAGGGGCUGUCGAAGAUCCGUACUAGCAGAAGAGAGCAUCAGAAGGUGGCGGAAGAGGAGGAGGAGGCUUCGAUAUGGACGAAGGCGAUAAUCUUGGGGGACAAGUGCAAGGUGCCCGAGGAGGACGACGAGUCCUUCGUGAUCUGCGACGAGAAGGGCAACCGGCAGAAGAGCUACCGGCCGAGGACGCCCAGGUCCCUGCCGGUCUCUCGGGCCAACUCAUUCUCCGAUCGGGACGCCGGCGCCGGCGCCGCCGUGCCUGCGGUGACAGGCCUCUCCUCGUUCUGA